AUGGGUUACCUGGUUCUCUGGAUGCUGCUCUCAACCGCACUGUGUGCUCUGACUGCUGUGAUCGACAGGCAGGAACUGAUGGAAGCCACGUCUUACCUGAAGAAAUAUGGCUACCUGGAAACCUCACUGGACCCAAAAAGCCAAGGGAAUCAAAUGGAGGAGGUCACAGAGGCGCUCAGAAUCUUCCAGAAGGUGACUGACCUGCCUGUCACGGGGAAGAUCGACAAGGCCACGCUGGUUAAGAUGAGACAACCUCGCUGUGGCAUCGAGGAUCCUUUCAACCAAAAAUCCCUCAAAUAUCGGCUGAUGGGCUACUGGCGUAAGAAAAACCUAUCCUACCGCAUCUAUAAUUACACCCCUCAUCUGGGAUUAGCCAAAACGCGCUCGGCCAUCCAAUCAGCAUUCAAGUACUGGAGCGAUGCGUCCCCCCUGACUUUCCAGGAGGUGCACGGAGGGCGGCCCGACAUCAAGAUCUCCUUUCACAAGAAGGAUGGCUACUGUCCUGUCCCCUUCGAUGGACCAGGGCGGGUACUGGCCCACGCCGACGCCCCCGAGUCGGGGAUUGUGCAUUUCGACGGCUCCGAGUUUUGGACCGAAGGGAAGGAUUACGGCUCCAACCUGCGCAUUGUCGCGGCACAUGAGAUCGGCCACGCCCUGGGGCUGGGCCACUCGCAGUACAGCAGCGCCCUGAUGGGGCCCGUCUACAGCGGGUACCGCUCCAACUUUCGCCUGCACCCUGACGAUGUGCGAGGGAUCCAGGCUCUGUAUGGUGAGGUCAAGUCUUGCUAAGCAUCACAUGCUCUGCACCCUGCGCCUGCCAUUCCAAAGGAGGAGAAAGAGAUUGAUCCCUGCUCUGAUGACCUCGAUGACAUCAUUGUUGGGCCCUUGAGGAAGACGUACGCUUUCAGGGGGGACUAUGUGUGGACGUUGUCGGAUAAGGGGUACAACACACCUGUCAAAACCAGCCUCCUGUGGAAGGGCCUGCCUGGGAACCUCAACGCAGCCGUCCACUCCCAGAGAACUGGAAAGACCUACUUCUUCAAAGGUGACAAAGUGUGGAGGUACACAGGCUUCCAGAUGGACCAGGGAUACCCUAAACAGCUGUCCCUCAUUCCCUCCAACAUCGACACAGCCCUGUACCUCGAGCCCAGCAAGAAAAUAGUCUUCCUUAAGGGCUCUGAGUACUGGGAGUGGGAUGAGCUGGUGAACACAGGCUUCAGCAGGUCCCCCAAACCCGUCUCCCAGCUGUUCUCCGGGGUCCCAUCCCAACCGGAUGCUGCUCUCACCUGGACCAACGGCUACAUCUACUUCUUCAAGGGCAACGACUACUGGCGUGUCAACAAGCAGCUGAAAGUGGACAGCGGGUACCCGCAUAGCAAGAAGGAUGACUGGAUGCAGUGUGACGACUAG